AUGGGAGCCUUAAAAUACGUCGAGGAAUUGCAAAAGAAGAAGCAAUCAGAUGUCUUGCGCUUCCUUCUUCGAGUCAGGUGCUGGGAGCUUCGACAAUUGAACGUUGUUCACCGCGCCUCUCGUCCAUCUCGUCCUGACAAGGCUCGUCGUCUCGGCUACAAGGCCAAACAAGGAUAUGUAAUCUACCGUGUGCGUGUCCGAAGAGGUGGUCGCAAGCGCCCAGUUCCAAAGGGUGCUACAUACGGGAAACCAACCAACCAGGGAGUUAAUCAAUUAAAAUACCAGCGAUCUCUCAAAUCAACUGCUGAAGAACGGGUUGGUCGCCGCUGCGCGAACUUGCGAGUCCUAAACUCCUACUGGAUCAACCAGGACUCGACCUACAAAUAUUACGAAGUAAUUCUUGUUGAUCCUCAGCACAAGGCAAUUCGUCGUGAUCCCCGUAUUAACUGGAUCGUAAACCCAGUGCACAAGCAUCGUGAAUGCCGCGGUCUCACUGCAACCGGAAAAAGAUCUCGUGGAUUGGGCAAGGGUCACGGCUACAACAAGACCACAGCUGGUCGCAGGAAGACCUGGAAGAGGCACAACACCCUCAAUCUACAAAGAUACAGAUAG